AAGUAUUCGCAGUGUCACAUGACUGCAGUUUGUUGAACCAAACUACCAUCUGAUACUGUUGUGUUGAAGGAAUGCUGCUCUUCGCAAAGUUCCUGAAUGGUGGUUAACUUUUGCAGAAUAGCGAUAUCGGAUGUUGCUGUAGCCUGCUUGGAUCCAAGAUUUAGGACAUAUGAAGUUAGCUGAUCGAUUGUGUUUCGAUCAAUUCAGAACUGCAGAUAGAUAGAAAGAAAGGGGAGCAUCAGGAUAGUUCGUGUGGUCGGCGAGCUGCGAUAAAUACUUCAAUUGGACCUCGGAAUGGAUUGUUGUCCGCAAAGUAUACUCUUUUUUAUAUGCAAUAUUCACACUAAUUCCGUUUAUUAAGCUACGCACGGCUACGUGUUUUUCGUAAAGGUUAGUAAAUAUUUAAAUUUCAGAAUGAGCACUUCGAACUGUUUUUCCAAAUAGCCUUUUAUUGUGUUUUUUCUUGAUAGAAACUAAAUAGUUUAUGAAUUGCAUUCAAGCUUUGCAAUGGAUCUAAACGUAUUCAACAAUUGAAAACUGGACCCAGUAUAGUAGCCUAAUCAGAGCAGGAGUGCGUCUUCAGGCGAGAUGAAGUGUCUGCUGAUAGCGAGUGAGAGCGCGGAGGUUCUCUUCUACUGGACCGACCCGGAGUUCAGGCAGAAUGUCCAGGACCAGUACGGAGCGUCCCAGGAGGAGGGCCAGAGGCCCCCAGCGUUUGAGGACAGCCUGAACACACUGUUCGCUCCCAUCAUCAUCUCCUGCAGCACCAUGGUCGACCGGCUGGGUGACAGCUACGCCUGCUUCACCACCGAGAACCAACACAACUACGUCUUGCAUCAGUUCGAUGAGUGUCUUUACAUCGCCGUGAACGGAGACGGCCAGGAGUGUGAGGACGACCUGAGGAGGAAGAUCUACGUGAUGAAGAAGAUGAUCGAAGUCCUCUUCGGCAUGGUGAACCUCAGCAGUAACCUGCUCCGUAAAGAACUGCGUCCUCAAGACACGGAGCAGAGGACCGGGCUGUGGAAGCACCUCCAGGGUCUACUGGAGACCUACAGCCGGCUCCGGGAGAACGACCAGAGCUUCUUAGUGGAGGCGGUGGAGCGUCUGAUCCACCCCACGCUGUGCGAGCAGUGCAUCGAGUUCCUGGAGCGCCGCCUGCUGCCAGCGCUGAACAGCAGCUCAGAGCGGAACGGAGAGGAGGUCCUCCACUCCUUCAUCCUGGUGCACACCAAGCUGCUCGCCUUCUACUCCAGCCGGAACACCAGCACCCUGAGCCCGUCUGACCUGCUGGCUCUCAUCGUCAUGACGCAGAGCAUGUACCCCUCCAACACUGACCAGGAAGACCAUGGCCCAGAGGAUGUGGAAAGUGUGUCGGUUUCGGGUCUGGAGAUGUUUUACACACCACAGCCAUCGCCUACUAACAGAAGCUCCAGUGGUUCAGAAAGGACAGCAAGAGAGGACACUCCUAUGUUUGAGUUUGUGGAUCCAGACAUACAGAUAGCAGAGGACAGCCUCAUCACCCUGGAGGUCUCUCCCCCGGACCCCUUGGCCCCCACCAGAGUGUUCCUGGAGGUGUCCCUCAAGGACGGCUUGUAUCCCAUGAUGCCUCACUCCAUGUACUGCCGGCCGCUCUGGCCCGGGAUCACUCUGGUGCUGCUCACCAAGAUCCCCAACAGCAGCGUGGCCAUGUCGGUGUACUCCUACCUGGAGGCCUUCGCCAAGCUGGAGAAGCGUCUGAGCGAGGGCCAGGAGGGCCCAGCCGCUGCCAGGGGCCAGCCCACCGUCCACGACCUCCGCAGCAAGCUGGACAAGUUCAUCAAGGCCCUGGGGCCCUGCGACAUCCAGACGUCUCAGUUGCAGAAUGUGUGGUCGGAGUUCAAGAAGCGUGCCUUCACCAGAGGGGGCCCAGGCUUCACCAGAGAGCUCAUCCCUUGGUGUAAGAGCAUGAAGACCCAGCUGUGUGGGGUCUACAAGCAGUGCUUCCUGAACGGGACCACCAGGGGAGCCGACGCGCCCCAGCGCCUCUCCCCCGCCCUACAGGAACUCGCUCAGGCCAUGGUUCAGGAGAAACUAAUGGACUGGAAGGACUUCCUGUUGGUUAAGAGCAAGAGAAACAUCACCAUGGUGUCGUACCUGGAGGACUUCCCCGGCCUCGUCCACUUCAUCUGCGUGGAUCGAUCCAGCGGGCAGAUGAUCGCCCCGUCCCUCAACAUCACAGAGCGCAGUACCUCCGAGCUGGGGGGGGGCCCUCUGGCUCAGUUCAUCAGAGGAAAGGUGUGGGGUCUGGUCCGAACGGCGCGGCAGUACCUCCAGAAGGGCUACUCCACCGCCACGCUACGCGACGGAGACUUCUACUUCUGUUACUUCCUCUGGUUUGAAAAUGAAACCGGCUACAAGUUAGACGAGGUGGACCUGCCUGUACUCCCCGACGACUCCCCCCCCAUCGGAGUGCUGGCCCGGGACUAUUACAGGAAGCUGCUUCGCUACUACAGUAAGACCCACGCGGGGGAGGUGGUGAAGUGCUACGAGCUGCUGACCGUCCAUCUGGGGGUCAUCCCCACCGAGUACAUCCUCCAGCACUGCAGACAACUGGCCAGCAAGCUGUGGGAGCCCUCCCGCAACCCCCUCCUGUAGAGGGCGGCCGCAGGCUCAGGCACGCACGCCCUUGUGGAAGCCCACUCCUGUGGAGAAGCACGCACGCACACGCACACACGCAUGCACCCACGCGUACACACACACACACACGUGCAUUAUGUGCAUUUAUGGUAAGGAACGCAUGCGCACGCAGGCUUAAGUGCAAUUCCCUUCCUUAAAUGAAGCAUACCCACAUGCAGGUAUGCAACCCCCUUUGGAAAGAAAGAUAUAAACCAGCAGGCAUGUUUACAAUCACAUCUGCAGCCCAUUCUGAGACAUGCAUUUGUUCCCUGCCAGAAACACAUUUCUAUGUAUUCUAUCAUGUCAUGUUGAAGGAUAGUUCAAAGAUUUUUUUUUAUGUGAAAAUAGUUUUAUGGUUCUAUGAAGGCUGUGACCAAAAAUGGUUUAUUGAUAUCACUUUAAAGUGAUUUGAAGGUACAGAUUUGACCACUUUGAACACUGUUGGGCACUAUCAAUUGUAUUGACUACUAUUUUGUUUGCGUAUUCCUGAUUGUUGAUGAAUGAUUGUUUUCUAUUGUAUCAUAUUUAUUAGCAAUACACUAAAUGUAUUUUGAAUCUGGACAUUAUUUUAAUUAUUUACAUCUACCAACCAUCUGUGCUGCAUCUCUGCUGCAGCUAUUUCACCUCUUUAACAUUCCUAGCAUGGUGCGAACACACCAUAGCUCGAACAUCUCUCUCACACCCUGCAACCAUGCUUUGCUCACACGCAGGCAUACAUGUAACAUACAUUGCCACACCUACUGUAUACAGUAAAUGGUCCAAGACACGAUUUUCUUAAAAGCGUUUAUUAUUUGGAUAGUAUUUAUAAAAAUAUAUAAUAAUCAUGUAAAAGAAAAUUAUCAUAUAUGUGUUAAAUCUUACUAAAUCCAACCAGGAUAUCAUAAAGAAUGCCAUCCUUAAUUAUACCUAAAAUGCAUAAAUGUUCUAAAGAAGAUAAUGUGAAGCUGGUAGAAGUGCAGUGAUCUGGUUAAUAAUUCAAGAGUAAAUCUACAAACACCAACAUUCCGCCCUCCUCCCCUCUGUCUCCUAAUCCAAUGCUGUCUGCAGCCCUCUGCGCGGUAAAGGUCAGCGUGGUGUGUUUAUACGUUGUUCUCUCCCGGUGGCCGAGUGUCCUGACGUUGUCAUUGUGUCGACUCGUGUGUGUCUCCCUCGCUUCGCUCUCUCCUCGCCACGGGCUCAUAGCGCUCCUGUAAGGUCAGUCACAGCCCCCGACGAAACCAGAUCCCUGAGAAAGAGUUUCUCAGAGCCGAUGUCGUGCACCACCUGUGAAAAGAGACCAACUGUAAUCCAUCCGCACCGUGAAGCCUGGGGUAUGUCUGCAGAAUCCCUAGGCGUGCCUUUGCACCCGAGUGGUUUGUUCUCAGAAGAGCCACACACAGUACUCCUCCACGACAGUAGUCUGUCUAACCAGAGUGUGUCCCGGCCUCAGCACCCCACUGGGGUCAUCUGAUGCAUAUGGGCGUCGAGAGAGAUGACUAACUCAUAACCUACAGAAACGUAAUGCAUGCAUUUCUGAUUUGCAAACAUAUUUUCAAAGGUCUAGGGAUUCAUAGCCACAAGCAAACUACUUGCACCAUGCUCAAAAUGUGCACUAUCCUGGGAAAUCUGGAAUGUCCUGGAGAAAUAAUAAUAAUAAUGGAUAGAAUUUCUAUAGCGCUUUUCUAGACACUCAAAGACGCUUUUAAGUGAAGGGGGGACCCCACUCACCACCACCAGUGUGUAGCCCCCACUGGGGUGAUGCACGGCAGCCAAUCUGCGGUAGAACACUCACCACACACCAGCUUGAGGUGGAGAGCGAGGGGAUUAAUGAGUCAGCCAAUUAUACAGGAGGAUGAUAAGGGGCCAGAUUGAAUGAGCCUGGUUGGGCCAGGACACCAGGGAAGCCCCUACUCUUUGCGAUAAGUGCCCUGGGAUCUUUAAUGACCUCAGUGAGUCAGGACCUCGGUCUCCUCCGAAGGACGGAAUGUAGACCGUCGCUUCAAAAACCAUGCACAGGGUGGAAGCACAUGACCAAACAUGUAUGAACUCGGGGCAAAACAGUGACUUCAAAAUGGGGUCCCGAACCAAACCAUGUUGGGAUCCACUGGUUCCCGAACAAAAAACAGGUUCCAACCUUUUUCAGAACAGAUCCCCCCCCACCUCGGCCACCUCAAGCCAUCCCCCUGAGUAGGGUCUCGUACCGGGCCCUUCAUGGCCUCCAUGCUGAGGUCUCGUACCGGGCCCUUCAUGGCCUCCAUGUUGAGGUCUCGUAUCGGGCCCUUCAUGGCCUCCAUGCUGAGGUCUAGUACCGGGCCCUUCAUGGCCUCCAUGUGUAGGGUCUAGUACCGGGCCCUUCAUGGCCUCCAUGCUGAGGUCUCGUACCGGGCCCUUCAUGCCCUCCAUACU